AUGGGUGCUUGGCCCCCCGUCUACUCCCUGAAAGACCUGAGACUUGCUAACCUGCCUGGAGAAAGGCUAUUGAGGAAAGUGAAUGGUAAAGAUUCACUCCAGAGUGAUGUGCUGGUCAGAGGCAUUGUGGACACCAGCCAGAUCUUUGGUCUGAGCAAGACCGAACCCGGCUACUUAAGCUACUUUGCCCCCUACGAUGGGAUUUUGGGUCUGGCCUUCUCCAACGUCUCCUCCUCUGGAGCCACACCAGUCUUUGAGAACAUGAUGACCGGGGGUUUGGUGUCCCAGGACCUCUUCUCUCUCUACCUGACCAAUAAUUCAUGCAUCUUCCCUGACUCUCCUCUCUCCCUUCUCGUGAUGUUCAGUGGCAUCGACUCAUCUUACUACUCUGGGAGCCUGAACUGGAUCCCUCUCUCCUACUGGGAAAUCACCAUGGACAGCAUCACCAUGAAUGGCCACCUGAUCUCUUGUGCUAAUGGCUGGCAGGCUAUUGUCGACACCGGCACCUCUGUGCUGGCGGGGGCCCCCAUGGCCAUCUCCAAAAUCCUGCACUACGUUGGUGCCCGCGGGAUCUCCAGCAACCUGAUCAGCUGCAGUGCCAAGCACACCCUGCCCGACAUCAUCUUCACUAUCAAUAGCAUCAGGUUCCCUCUGCCCGCCACCGCCUACAUCCGCCAGAACUCAGGCUCUUGCUCUCCCGGCUUUGAAGGCAUUGACGUCCGCACCUCCUCCGGAGAGCUCUGGAUCCUCGGAGACAUCUUCAUCCACCAGUACUACGUUGUCUGUGACAGGGCCUAUAAAUCAUUGUUGCAAGCAGGGUCCUAUGGUUGCACCACGUCUUGUACAGAAGAGGUCAAGUGGGAUCCGACCGACGCCGAUGCUUGCAGAGUGUCCUGGAAUGGGCUCCUGAUGGUCAGCAUGGGCGACCGGGACUGGCUAGAGCUGCCUUUCACUCUGGCAGAGUUCUCGGAAGCCCUCCGUCUCAUGCCCAUCACUGGAGUUCUACCACUCCAAUGA